CAGUUGCUUUCUGUUUGUGUGCAAGAUGUAAACUGCAAACGUCACCGGCAACUGCGCCUGCGCUACAGUGUGUCACGCGAUUGAAAGUUGUCAUGUGGUCUUUGAGGAACUCCUAAUACAGUUCAUAUAAUAGUUAAUUGAGGGUGUCAGUAUUGUAUAACAAAAAAAUAUACAGAACGCAAAUCAAAACAAGAAAUAUGUUUCUGAAUCCGAUGAUUCCGCCGGUUCUUAGAAAAUGCCAAGUUAUAAUUUCUGUCCUCUUCUUUUGUUUUUUUUGUUCGGCUGUGUCUCUUACAAGUAAACCAGCAGGUGAUGUGAGGAACCAAACCAUUGUUGAGAAGCAUGCCUUCAGAACCUGGUCCCUGGUCACAGACAGUCAGACUACAAACAACAGUACUGAACUGGCUUAUGGCUACAUAUCCUGUGCAGUUUCUGUUGUCUUUUUUGGGAGCAACUUUGUUCCUGUGAAGAAAUUUGACACCGGUGAUGGAAUGUUUUUCCAGUGGAUUCUCUGUGCUGCAAUAUGGAUUGUUUCUUUAAUUGUGAAUAUAAUACUUCAAUGUCCCAAAUUUUGGCCUCUUGCUAUGGUAGGGGGGGUCACUUGGGCCACUGGUAACAUUACAGUAGUACCAAUACUUAAAACCAUUGGUUUAGGACUUGGAGUUUUAAUUUGGGGAUCAUUUAACCUGCUAAUGGGAUGGGCAAGUUCAAGGUUUGGUUGGUUUGGGAUAGACCCUGAAGAAGUUGCCCAUCCCCUCCUGAACUACUCUGGAGCAGGCUUGUCCUUGUUGAGUGCCAUUAUCUUUUUCUUUGUGAAAAGUGAAGUUCAGCGUUCUACAAGUUCAACAGAGACAACACCAUUACUGCUGGAUAGUAGAAUAAACAAUAAUGAGCAGGGUUCUUUGGAUGAGUCAUGGGUAGAUAAUCUUACACCAAAGAAGAAACGAAUUAUAGGCUGUGCAUUAGCUGUGGUUGCUGGACUGCUGUAUGGCACUGCUUUUGUCCCUGUACUUUAUAUCAAGAAUCAUGCCAAAAACAAAGACAGUAGAUAUGCAGGAGCAAGCCAGUUUGACCUUGACUACGUUUUUGCACAAUUCUGUGGGAUCUUUCUCACCAGCACAGUGUAUUUUUUGCUUUACUGUGCAGCAAAGAAGAAUAAACCUAAAGUCUAUCCUAAAAUAAUAUUACCAGGUGUUGCUUCAGGUUUAUUAUGGGCAAUAGCUAACUGCUGCUGGUUCCUGGCCAAUAACUACCUCAGUGCUGUUGUCAGCUUCCCAAUCAUCACAGCUGGUCCUGGUUUGAUUGCUGCUAUUUGGGGUGUUUUAGUGUUUAAAGAAGUCAAAGGACUACGAAACUACCUUGUUUUGAUUGUGGCAUUCUGCAUCGUUGUGACGGGGGCAUUGUUAACAGCAUUUUCAAAGGUGUAAAUUGAGCAUAUUUUCUUUUGAGCCACCAGAUGGUGCUGCAUGACAGAGUUUGCAGACUUUUCAGGUAAAAUUAAGUUCUGUAGCAUCAGUGACAAACAUGAGAAACAAUGGACUUUCUAUCACAGAUUAAGCAAAAUGUGUUUUUUUUUAAAUCUUUUUGCUCACAAAUACAAUGUAAAAGAGAUUUUUAAAAUAAUAAAUGGUAUUAUACUAUCAUUGUACUGUUGCUAUUACUACUAUAUUGCUGUUGUUCAUCUAAAUGUCAAAUGUUUUUUUUUGUUUGUUUUUGUUUUUUACUGAUUUAUAAAUUACUUUAUUCAUGCAUAUGUGACUGUAUGUUUGUGGCACAUUUUCUAUAAGUGGGAACUAAAAGAUUCUAAAAGGACCUUAAUUCAGGUCUGUACAAGGUAAAGGUAAAACAUAUCUGUUUAGUAGAUACAAUUUGAGCUAGUGCCCUCAUCAGCCUAAUUUAAAACACAUGCAUUUUCUGGGAAUACAAAAGAAUCCAGGAGAUAGAUUGGUAAAGAGGUACACUUAUGUCGCCUGUCCAUCACCCACUGAGGCUGACGUGACAGUGAUUUGAUAUUAGUCUUGUUCAUUUCUAUCAGCAGUAGAUUAAGAUCAAAGUGAUUUUAAUUGUGACUCUGUCAUCCAUACUAAGGAUUGAGCCUCAGAACAUAAUCCCUGUUGGAGGACGUUACCUAAUGAGCGUCCAAUGCAAGUACAGAAGAGACAUAACAUGUAGGCAGAACAGUGUAAAUGAAUGCUAUAAUAUUGGAAGUAUGUUCAUUAAUGUAUAAAUGGCUAUUAUAAACAAACAAGAUACAUAGACAUAUCCCAAUGGAUGUAGGUUGAUCAAGCAAUCCCCUGUGAACUCAUAUUUUAAAGUGUUUUUCUGUGGAUUCAAAAGUAAACUGACAUAGAUCUAUCCAACUGAGCACCCAAAACACUCAAAAAUAACGAAAACUAACACAUAAAGGGGUUGAUGAGAUCAUUUGAUUUAAUCGUUUUUUAGACCAUUUAACAGCGCUGGGAAAUCAACUAACGAUCCAUGGUUAUCCUUUUAUUGUACCUACAAAUAAGUGGUUGGUGCAAUCUAAAGGGAUUCACCUGGUACUACAAAAUGGGGGAAAAAAAUCCAAGUAUGGCCUAUCCUUGCUGGAUGUUGUCAAAUAAUCCCUUAAUUGUUUCCCCUUAAAUUACCCUUAUUUGAUAGAAAACAAACUAAGCAUACAACAAAAUGAAAAUAUGAAUGUAACUAUAAAUUCAGUAUAAGGUAACCGGCCGUACAGUAGUUUGAUCUACCUACAGGUAGCCUACUCUAAAACUGACCUUAUUGAAAAUGCCCUACUGCUAAAACACCUAUAAGAAAACUUUAAAUCUUCAGUUGUCAGUCCUAAAUCCCUUGUUUAGAAAGAUACAUGGUAUUAAUGCUUGUGACAAAGUAGCAGACUGAACAGCUCACGUAACACUACCAGCAGUGGUAGCGCACAGAGCAAAUACAACACAGCGUAUGAAAACUUUGGUAACUUUGGGGCAGCAGUGUGGAGUAGUGGUUAGGGCUCUGGACUCUUGACCGGAGGGUUGUGGGUUCAAUCCCCAGUGGGGGACACUGUUGUUGUACCCUUGAGCAAGGUACUUUACAUAGAUUGCUCCAGUAAAAACCCAACUGUAUAAAUGGGUAAUUGUAUGUAAAAAUAAUGUGAUAUCUGUAUAAUGUGAAAUAAUGUAUAAUGUGACAUCUUGUAACAAUUGUAAGUCACCCUGGAUAAGGGCGUCUGCUAAGAAAUAAAUAAUGAUCUACAAUCUCUGAA